CAACGCGCAUGCGCCGCGGGGGGGGGGGGGCCGCCGCGGUAGCGCGCGUGCGCGGCGACUGCUGCUGCUGCCGCCGGCCUCGAGGGGGAGCGGCGGCUCCCCCUCCCCCAGCCCGCGCGAUGGGUGACGCGUUCCGGAGGGCGGAGUCGGGCACUCAGCUACUUGCACGACUUGAGGGCAGAAGUUCUCUGAAAAAUCUUGAACCUUAUCUGUUUGCUGAGGAAGGAUUUCCUGUUCAUGGAGACGUCAUUGAAUUCCAUGGUCCAGAAGGAACAGGAAAAACAGAAAUGCUUUAUCACCUCAUAGCCCGCUGCAUCCUUCCAAAAUCAGGAGGAGGACUGGAAGUGGAAGUCAUGUUCAUUGACACAGACUACCAUUUUGAUAUGCUUCGUCUAGUUACCAUUCUUGAACACAGAUUGGCGCAGAGCACAGAAGAAAUGAUAAAACAAUGCCUAGAAAAGCUUUUUCUUGUUAACUGUAAUAGUAGCACUCAGCUACUCCUCACUCUUUACUCUUUAGAAAACAUGUUUUGCACUCACCCCUCUCUCUGCCUUUUGGUUGUAGACAGCAUAUCAGCUUUUUACUGGAUAGACAGAAGCAAUGGAGGGGAGAGUUUUAGCUUGCAGGAGAUCAAUCUGAAGAAAUGUGCUGAAUUUCUUGAAAAGCUUGUAAGAGAGUAUCACUUAGCCCUGUUUGCAACAACACAAACAAUCAUGCAGAAAUCUACAAACUCUGCAGAAAGCUCUUUUUCUUUAAAACUUCAACAUGAAACUGAUACAGACUAUAGGCCUUACCUUUGUAAAGCAUGGCAACAAAUGGUAACACACAGGAUGUUUUUUUCUGAGCAGUCUAACCCUGGCAACAGCAAAGCCUUUUCAGUCAUUUCUUGUCACAUCAAAGAAAAGCAUGUAGUAAAACGGUCAUUUAGUAUUGCAGAAUGUGGAGUUCAGUUUUAACUUCUUUGUUUUUAAAAUGGUGGCAUAUCUCAGUGCUUUAUGUAGUUUUAGUGCCUUUUAAACUGGUUGGUUGUCUCUGGUUGAUUAAGAAUUUUUGUCACCAUUCACUUAAAAUUUAGUGAAGGGCAGAAAGCUUAAAAUGUUUGAAUUACUGAAAAAGUUCAGUCUAAACUAGUGGGAAAUGUUGAAAUUAUUUGUUUCUGGUUAAUGCAUAAAGAGAUUAAAUCAAGCAAAUUAAAAACAAAGUCAUUUUAAACUCCUAAUAUCCUUCAGUAACGUAACCUACAUGGUAUGCAGCCAAAAGCACUGACAAUUUCUGGGUCUUAAUGCUUUUCACUCCUCCUCUUCCAAGCUACAGAAAUAGGAACCUAGUUGUCCAUGUGGGAGACUGCAAAAAGGCAAGUGUUCGCUCUUUAUAAAUAUUGGUCUUGGUUCAUUCCCUGUAGCCUAGGGUAUAUGAAAUGUAUGCGCUACUUUGCCUAGAGAAGAGGAGUCAUUUUCACAGCCCGGUAAAUAGUAGCAGUCCUGACCAUGCUUCUCCAAGUUUGCACUCCCUCUGUUUACAUUAGCAUGCGCCUGGAGAAGCAAGGAUUGCAGGUGUUUUCACCCCUGCAAACAUCUGGCUUUGAAGGAGCUAAAGCCAUCGCAAAAAUGGAGGCCCAGUUUCCAUAACUGAAGGAAAACAAAAGACCCAGCCCUGUGUACCCACGAGUUUGUUCUGCAUGCAGCAAACAGUUUAGCCUUAGUCUUUGAAAGUGAAGAAGGUUGUUCCGUUCUUUUUUUUUUUUUAAGACAUAUGCACAGACAUAAAUUUCUUCCCUGCCCUCCCUCAUUAUUCCCUCCCACUUCUUUCCCUUCCCCCGCGCUUCCUAAGAAAUCCAGGAAUGCCAUGCCUCUGGUCUUUACCGAUAUGCAUUUGCCACAUACAGAACAUUUAUGUGCAGGAUUUGGCAUGCAGCAUGUUGCAACUCUGGCAAAGGAGAUUCAGAACUUAUGAGAAAUGCCCUACAGUUCUGGCAAGGGAGACCAUAUUAUUUAUUAACCUAGAGUGCCCUUUGAAAGCUUCAAAGUGCUUUACAAGAAAGAAAAUUGCACACACUACAUUAUAUAAUACAAAAACUUACAUUAGCUUACAAAUUUAAAUUACUCUAAACAAGGGGAAAAUAUUACAGCAAUAUUCGUUCAGUCAUGUCGCACAACAUGCUUUCUAGUUUAGAUUGAACAGAUUAUUAAUAAGAAUACAUAUUUAAGAAGUAUCUAGCACUGUAUCUUUUUGAAGAAGAUCCUUCAGAAAACUCUGUUGUGAGAAUCUUACCAUUUAAUUUCCAGACUUCUGAAGCCAGCCGUUUUAAGCUGAAUGUAUAUCUAGAUUCCCAUAUAUAAUAGUUAGGUGUGUGUACUCAGACUUCUGUAUAUAGGAGCGUAUAGGCGUACUGUUGUUUAUAGAAUAGACAGCUAGGUGAUUUGGCUGGAUUUUUUCAGAGUUGCUGAGCAACUAUGUGUCCCUCUAGCCCAAUAUGCUGCCUCUAACAGCAGCUGGUACCAAAGGCUUUGGGAAGUGUGAGGAAAAACUGUUUUCACUGGCGCAUCCUCCAACUUCCCACAGCUCGGGGUUUAGGGUGCUCUCGACCAGAGGUUGCCUUCAGACCACAGCGUUCAAUAGCCACUGAUCAAACCUAUCCUUCAUGGAUCUACUUAAUCCAUUUUUAACCUGUUUAUCCUCCAUGGCUCCACAGUGGCUUUUCACAGUGAAUUUAGUUUAAUUAUUCUUUCCAUGGAAGAACUUCUUCCUUUCUUUUCUCAUUUGAUACCUGCUGUCUGAUCAUUUCUUCAUGCCUUCCAGUUCUUUUUGUGUGAGACGUAAUGAGUAGACUUUCCCUUUUCAACGUCUCUGCAGCAGUGAUGAUUUUGCACACUUGUCGUUUCACUUGUGCUUUCUGUGCCAUCACCACCAUUAUUUAUUUCAGAACUCAUAAGUACACAAAUACAUGAAAAAAUGUACAACUUCCCCAUUCAGCCUGGACUGGACCAGAGUUAGAUAGUUUAACAUGUAUGGACACUUAAGCUGGGAAUUAUUGUACAGGCCAUAGUUGCAUUUUUUUGUACAAAAUAGGGGGAUGUAAAUAUAGCUAUAAAACUUUCAAAGGUGCAAAUUGUAGAAAGACUGUACAAUUUCUACUUUAAAAAAAUCAAUACUCAGUUUCUAUCAGAGAGUAGAGUUCUAGUGAAGAAAAAGUGCUUCAUAAGAUCAUAUUUGCUAAAAAAUGUUUUUGAGGGAAAAACAGUGGAAAUUAUGCUGGAAAAAAGCUUUUAUAUUUUUCACAAUGUUUCAUAUUUUGCAUUGUACUAUAAAAUAAAAGCCUAAAUUGAAAUGAAACCAAA